AUCGAGCGAGCCUCCGCAGCGCCGAUGCCUGGGAUGGCAUCCGAUAUGUCGCAGGGCAGUAGCAGCCAGCGGCAAGCACUUUCGCGAGAUAAACCGCUGCAUGCCGCAGUACGCCACCCUUCCGCCCGGCACGGAACCAUGCCCGCACCGGACGCAUUCACCGGAUCGCGUAUAUGUAGCACGGACGUGCUGGGGAUCGGUCCUCGAUCACAGCUCCACGCCGCCAGCGGCGACGUAGCCGCGCAUACCGUCUCCAAACAGCUACGCUCAGGCGGAAGAAAUCUGUCGAGUAGGGCCGUGGUUAUGCUAUCGGAGGACGAGGACGAUCCGUGGCUCAAGGAGGUGGACGCGUCCGCCUGGUUGAAGGGUCCGUCGGCGGCAGACUCGGACGACGCGUCUGAGGCGGACACGGUGCGAUAUUCGCACGGGGAGGAAAGCGACAGCGGCAGCAGCGACGAGGAGGAUGUGACCCCGCCGCGGUACAAGAAGGGAAAAUUCGGCAUUUUUGCGUCGGCCGGGCACCACUCGCAGACGCGGAGCAGAAGUGCUAUCGAGCAGCGCGCCAACGGCGUGCUGCCAUGGAUGCACCCGUUGCUCCCGGACGGAUCACAACGAGCCGGCGUGGGAGCUUGGUGA